GAGAAACGCACGAAGACGAACCUAGAAUUGAAUUGACCAAUAAAAAAGGUUGUUGAGUUGAAACCUGUUACUAAUUGUUCUUCCGCGUUUUCUCAUAUACUAACUCAAAAUCCUUAAAACCUCGCAAAUCUCACUCUAAUUUUUCCCUUUAUUUUCAAAUCCUUUGUUUUGCUUUGUCAUAGAGUGAGUGAGUUAGUGAGUGAGUAAAUGAGAGUGAGAUGUAGUGUUCAACGCUGCACAACAAAAACAAAAAGCGUUUCUUCUUCGUCUUAUGGCAUGUCCGAGGAACAACAAACUCUGCUAUCAAACCGUUUCAAUUUUCAAUUUUGAUACUCUUUUCCACAACCCACUUGCUCACUCUCAUCAUCAAUUCCAAUCACAUCAUGAUUCUCCGCUUCUUUGACCCUUUCCUUGUUCUCUUCUUGCUUUUCUUUACUCAAUUUGCGUCGCUGCAAGCAUUCACCGGAACCUAUGGUAUAAAUUAUGGGAGAAUUGCAGAUAACAUCCCCUCACCUGAUGAAGUUGUUACUCUUCUCAGAGCUGCAAAAAUAAGGAACGUUAGAAUCUACGAUGCUGAUCACAGUGUCCUCAAGGCCUUUAGUGGAACUGGUCUUGAAAUUGUAGUUGGACUUCCCAAUGGACAACUGCAAGACAUGAGUUCGAACGCAGAUCAUGCUUUGAAUUGGGUGAAAGAGAAUGUGCAUGCGUUUCUUCCCGAGACACGCAUUCGAGGAAUUGCUGUGGGCAAUGAAGUUUUGGGCGGGUCUAACGAUGCUUGGUGGGGCGCUCUUUUGGGUGCUGCGAAAAAUAUUUAUAAUGCUACCAAGAAACUUCAUCUGGAUAAGCUAAUUCAGAUUUCUACCGCAAACUCAUUCGCUGUUUUUUCCAAUUCCUACCCUCCAUCCAAUUGUACAUUUAACGAAAAUAUUGUUCAGUAUAUGAAGCCGCUAUUAGAGUUCUUCGAAGAAAUUGGUUCUCCUUUCUGCUUGAAUGCGUACCCGUUCUUGGCUUACAUCAGUGAUCCAGAACAUAUUGAUAUAAAUUAUGCUCUUUUUCAACCAAAUAAGGGAAUUUAUGAUCAAAGGUAUAAACGGCAUUACGAUAACAUGCUCGAUGCUCAGAUUGAUGCAGCUUAUGCUGCUUUGGAGGAUGCAGGAUUUGACAAAAUGGAAGUCAUAGUUACCGAGACAGGUUGGGCCUCCGCGGGAGAUCAAAACGAGGUUGGAGCAAAUGCAUCUAAUGCAAGGACGUAUAAUUAUAACCUGCGUAAGAGGCUUGCGAUGAAGAAAGGAACCCCACAUAGGCCUAAAAAUGUUGUGAAGGCAUACAUUUUUGCGAUUUUCAAUGAGGAUUCGAAGCCUGGUCCUACCUCUGAGAGGAAUUAUGGCCUGUUCAAGGCUGAUGGGAGCAUAUCGUACAAUAUUGGGUUUCAUGGACUUAAUGCUGGAGAUUCAUCUCAUUUGUCUCUUAAGGAUAUAAAUAAUCAAGGUAUGUCGCGGUCCUACACCAUCACCAUUAUACUAUGUCUAUCAGCUCUCACACUGAUGAUUUUCUAGAGUUAGUUUCCUAGGUAAACCAGCUUCUAGCAAUGAAGGGGUUUCCCUUGGAUUUUCUUGCUCUCAGUAUAGAUCAAAAUUAUGCAAUUGAAUGCCAUAUUUCAUAAAGCAAAAUCUGGAAAUUUUUGAUGUAAUUUUCCCAUAUAUUUAGAAAAUGCGUAAUUAUUUCUCCUUAUAAAAGCAUUUCCCCUUCUUUACUUAGAUGACAUAUGUAGAACUUUUUAAUUUUAAAUACACUCUAAAUUUUCAACA